AUGAGAAAGACCUUCGAAAUCUUUGUUGCUACAGUGGAGCUCAGCCAUACUGGGGUAUGCAUGCCCUCCCUCUCAGAAAAUUUUCCCCUUACUGACCACUGGGUUCUAGACUGGACACUUGACUCGAGUUCCAUCGAAGAUUUCGGAAAGUCUCCCAUUUUUGACGCAAAGACAGGAUUCGGAGGGAAUGGCGUUUUUAUCGACAUCAGUAGCUGGACAAACGUGACUAGGCAGGUUUCUGGAAGGACAGGAGGCGGGUGCGUUACUGAUGGCCCUUUCGCCAAGGGGGAAUUUGAAGUGCAUGCAGGUCCAGACAACUCAACUGCUUACAACCCGCGUUGCCUGGCCCGCGACGUCGCUGCAGAAUAUGGCAUCUCGAAGCUCAACCAAACCGUAGUCGACUGGACUCUUGGGGCUAAGGACUUCUUCGAGUUUGACCAGCGUGUCCAAGGCGGCGUCAGUGCUGAGUCUCAGGGAUAUCACGGUGGCGGCCAUCUCGCUAUUGGCGGCAGUCUCGGUGAGAUGGGCGACAUGUACUCUUCGCCUGGCGAUCCUAUCUUCUGGCUGCAUCACACUAACGUUGAUCGACUCUGGGAUAAAUGGCAGCGACUAGACUGGCCUGCUAGGAAGAGCGAUAUUAGUGGGCCGGACACCCAGUAUGCGUAUCCUUAUGACUUCUUCGGUGACAAGAAGUACAAGAAUAUCACACUUGCAUAUGUGAUGGACUUUGGCAACUUGCUUCCUGAUAGGCGGUAUAUCACUGUUGAGGAAGCUAUGGACACUCAAGGAGAGCGGCUAGGCUACACAUAUGACUCAUGA